GGAAACCGCAGCCAUGGCCCCUGCUCCUCGUGUCUACUCCAAGACCUACAAGGUCCCUCGUCGUCCCUUCGAGUCGGCUCGUCUUGACUCGGAACUGAAGACUGUCGGCGAGUACGGCCUGCGCAACAAGCGUGAGGUGUGGCGUGUCCAGCUUACCCUCUCCAAGAUUCGUCGUGCCGCUCGUGAGCUUCUUACCCUCGACGAGAAGGACCCCAAGCGCCUUUUCGAAGGUAACGCCCUGAUCCGCCGUCUGGUCCGCAUCGGUGUGCUCGAUGAGUCGCGCAUGAAGCUCGAUUACGUCCUGGCCCUUAAGGUCGAGGACUUCUUGGAGCGCCGUCUCCAGACCUGCGUCUACAAGCUUGGUCUUGCCAAGUCCAUCCACCACGCUCGUGUCCUGAUCAAGCAGCGCCACAUCCGUGUCGGCAAGCAGAUCGUCAACGUGCCCUCCUUCAUGGUCCGCCUCGACUCCCAGAAGCACAUUGACUUCGCUCUCACCUCUCCCUACGGUGGUGGCCGCCCUGGCCGUGUCCGCCGCAAGAAGUCCAAGGCUGCCGAGGGCGCCGGUGACGACGAGGAGGAGGAGGAGGAGUAGAUGCAAAAUACCGGGAGUUUCGGUCGGGUUUCGUUCGGAAAAAAAUGUGCCGGGGGUUUCAUACCGAGUACAGCAUAGCAUUUACCUUGUUGUAUGAUCAUGAAAUUCAAUAAAACAAAAUUCAUUCGAAACCCAAUCCUGAUCCCUUUC